GAAGCUAUCAAAACAUUCGGUUUGUUACUGAUAACAGUGAUUUAGUAUUUACAUUUUUAUCACCAAAUAUGACGAAACAAUAUAGUGCAGAAAAGCUCAAGGAAUACCAUGAUAUUGCUGCGGAUUUGGUCAAAGAAUGUGGCCCAAUAUUUGAAGAAGGUUAUAAUAAAUCGAAGAAAGAGGUUAUGGUAAAAUCCGAUUUCUAUGAUUUUGUCACCGUUUACGAUCGGCAAAUUGAGGAGAAAUUAACCGCGGGGCUGUCGAAAGCAUUUCCCGAAUCGCGUUUUAUUGGUGAAGAAUCGUUAGCCGGUUCUAAGGAGCUACCUGAGCUGACAGAUGCACCCACCUGGAUCAUUGAUCCCAUCGAUGGCACCACAAACUACAUACAUCGAUUUCCGCAUUGCGGCAUCUCUGUAGCUCUUGCGAUUAACAAAGAACUUGUAGUCGGUAUUAUAUAUAAUCCGGCUGCGAAUGAACUCUACACUAGUCGAAAAGGUCAUGGAGCAUACCUAAAUGGUCAGAACAUUCGAGUGUCUGGAGCAACAAUGCUAAGCAACUCAGUGAUUGGGCAUGAGAUUACGCUUAUAAAUGUGGCGGCUUGGCGUGAUAAGAAUAUCAAGCGUGUUUACAAAUUGGGCGCAGUAGCUGCUGGCACUCGUUGCCUGGCUACUGCAGCGCUUUCACUGGCUUACGUAGCCAAAGGAACGCUAGACACCUAUCACGUGGAUAACCUUAAGCCUUGGGAUGUGGCUGCUGGCGUUCUACUCGUACGCGAAGCUGGUGGCGUUGUUUAUCAGACAAACGGCAGCGAAUUCAAUGUGAUGCAACCGAACUUAGUGGCCGCUGGCCAAGAUGCCCUAGCACAGCAGGUGAUGCAGCUCAUUAGGGAAGCGGAUGAAAUCGACGAGUAUAGAUUCACUUAAAGAGCUAAGUGAUGCACUUACAUUAGGA